CGUGGCUGCACGAGAUGCGUCAGAAAUGGUCGGUGGCCCGUCAUGGUCAGUAAAGCUCGGAAGAAGAGACUCAACCACGGCUAACCUUGUUCUAGCCGAGACUGGUGGUCUUCCUAGCUUUAAAGACCCACUCGAGUCGCUUAUUUCAAAGUUCGAAAAUAACGGGCUUACGACAAGAGACAUGGUUGCGUUAUCGGGAGCUCAUACUAUCGGACAAGCUCAUUGUUUUUCGUUCCAUGACCGGAUAUUUAACAACGAGUCGGAUAUUGAUAGUGGGUUUGCUAGCACUCGUAGACGUGGUUGUCACACUAAAGAUGGUGGCGCGAAUCUAGUGCCGCUAGAUUUGGUGACACCUAAUUCUUUUGACAAUAAUUACUUUAGGAACUUGGUACAAAAGAAGGGUCUUCUUGAAUCGGAUCAGGUGUUGUUUAGUGGUGGAUCAACGGACAAUAUUGUUAGGGAAUAUAACGGUAAUACUUUAAAGUUCAAGUCGGAUUUUGCAGCUGCGAUGGUGAAGAUGAGCGAAAUUAGGCCGUUGAUUGGCGACGAAGGAGUUAUACGGAACGUUUGCGGUGUUUUUGAUCCGUAA